AUGGACAGGUUCUACGACAUGUCAGCAGCUAGUCGUGCCCUCGAAAAUACCGUCCAACAAAGACAAGCCCACAAUGAUAGAAUCUUCAUGCACGACAUUGUGACAAAUGACCUCCAGGACGCACUAGAUAUUCAUGUGAAUGAGCUUGACAGACCCCAAGAAUGGUGUCUGUUCCACAACGAUGAUGAUGCUGAAUGUGAAUUCGUUAUGCAAGGCAUAGUUUGCUUGACGGAUUUGCUGCCAUUCAAGAAAAGAGUCAAGCAAGUAUAUGAUUUAUCGUACAUUCGUAUAUCUCACACCAUUCAUAGAGAACAUCAAGCGCCGUAUUUGAGACAAUCGGAUGCAGUCACAGGCUUUGGCACCAAUACUUUCAAGCAGUCGAUCAAAGCCAUGGCAUGUAUUGUCGCAAUGUUCUCACAGGAUAUUGGUUAUGCCCGUCUGAAUAACGUCAAGUUCACAUCUACCUAUCAGUCUUAUCCUACGAUCCAUCUGUCGAACCGAUAUUUUUCUAGGCGCGACCAAGUUUUACAAAGAGACGAGAUAGAAUUUGACCAAAACAUCGAUCCAUUUGGACUAUUAAGCAAGAUGGGAGGACAGAAAUACUGCCACGCUAAAGAAAAUGCGGUGUAUUAUUACGAAAAUACGAGUGAUUCGGAUGGCUCCUUAAAAUAUGUCGACAUCAAACCAAGUAAGAUUCAGGUCGGCGAUAUUGUUGAGGUCACGUUUGGAUUCGUCGCAUUCCCAUUGUCCAAAGGGAGAGUAAAAAUUACAGCCAUGUUACGAUCUAUUACACUACUGGAUGGUACUUUUACUGAAGAAAGCGCAGCAGGUAGAGUGUUAGCAAAUAUUAUGCCUCGCCUAUCUGUGAAGCAUGGGAGAAAAUACUUACAGGAAAUCGAACUUGCUGAGGACAGGAAUGAAGAAAUUAUGGAUGGUUCGAAUGAUUCUUUGGACCAGAUGACUGUAGAAGCAAAUUCCAGUCGAGAUGGAGAUCAGUAA